CACACUUUAACUUGUUCUUUUUUUCCCUUCUGUUUCGGUUGCUUUUAGAGGCCCACGAGUCCAAGCGUAUUUCUCAGAUGUGGAGGGGAAUGGAGAACAGCCAUCAGAAAUCUUAUCUCGACACACUUGGACGGGAGGAGGGAGGAAAUGAGAGAUGGAGCUCUUUCAUUCUGGGUACGGUGAUGGAGCUGGACAAACAGCACGGAUGCAUUUGGACCUCUGAGGACCGCAGGGAACAGCACUAUCCUCCUCCAAAUCUGCAGGCCCUGCUAAAGCUGGUGCUUGUGCCUCGUAUUGACAGCAUGUCAGUCCAGGCAUUCCUCAUGUACUUUAUCCUGGACAUGACAAACUUCCUGCAGUGCAAAGACGACCUCCUCCAGUCUUUCUGCCACGCUUUCACAAUCCCCGCCAGCUUUUCCCAGCAAAUCCGGGCCUUCUGGAUGCUGGAUCACGGACAUGUCACGGCCUCCAUGGAGCUGUUGCUGAGCCCCAGAGCUGCUGUCCCCCGGCUCCCCUGGCAGCAUCGCUGCGUCGUCCACUGUCUCCUGACAAGGAAGCAGCCUCGCUUGGCAUUGAGGUACCUCCACUGGACCAGGCCUGCAAUAGAGAGCGCUGACGAUGCCAAACUCUGCGCCGAUGUUCUACUUCAAAACAGGUACAUUCUGCCUUGUCUCAGACGCCUGGGCCCUGCUGAAGAGAGGCCACACAGGAAGCGAGGACAUGCUCGUGUACUUCUUGCAGACAUGUAA